CGAUCCCAAUAUGAAUGCCAUGUAUAGUUUAACAGUUAAAGUUUGAAGUUUAUCAUUCCGUAGGCUUGAAAGCUGUUGACAGGUUCGAAUUGUAAUCGUGUAUUGGCAAUGCUGUAAUUGUAAUGUAAUCCUGUCACAGCCCAUCAGCUUGUUCGGUUGUGUUUUUUGAUGUGGAUGGGGCCGACAGGGGUUGAAUGUUGAUUGAAUGCUGAAUGUUGAGUUUUGUUUUGACAGCUCAAAAUUAUAGUUGCAGCAUGAAUUUAUUUGUAACCAUUCCUAAUGUUUCAAUGUUCUUUACCCAAUAUUUUAAAUGAGCUAUUUUGUAGUUUUUAAAAUGGACACAGAAUAUGAUAAUGUUAAAACAGAUGAUAAUUUUAAAGACAUUGAAAUAACCAAAGAAGACAUUAUUAGCCCUAUUGCUGAAGAUGAAGAGCCAGAAAGUGCAGUAGAAGAAAUAGAUAAUAUUCCCGAAACACAACAUGUUACAAACUGGGAUAUAUUAGUGUUAUUAGUUUCAAUUUUUAGCCAUAUUAUUGAUGUCGCCCUUGACAUCAAUCUUGCUUAUCGUUAUUUCAGACACAAACAAACGGUUUAUUUUCUUCUCACAGUUGUGUUUAUAUUGUUUCCUGCUUGUGUAAAUACGGGGAUUAGUAUAAGAAUGUAUAUGUUUGAUACGGAAGCAGCAUCCAGUACCAAAAUGGCCAUCAAAAAAUGGACGAUACGGAUAUUUGUGCUGCUUUUUCAGCUCGCUCCAAUAAUGAGGUACUGUGACUCACUGGACUAUGCACUCAAGUCACGGCGUGCAGAACGCAUUAAAGAUCGUGUGACACAGCGCAAGUACUACGAGCUUAUGCUUAAGGAGGACUCGGACGUGGCACUUUUGCGUGUCUUCGAAUGUUUCCUAGAGGCAGCACCUCAGCAGAUCCUUCAGGUUGCGAUUGUGCUUGUUGAGAGAGGUCAUGGAUCCACUUUCCAGUUGUUACAUCAGCUGGGGUCGAUAUCCAGUUCACUGCUGUCCAUGGCAUGGUCUAUGGCGUCCUACCAUCGCUCCAUCCGCUUCUGUCAGAAGGACAAGACAAAUCUGACAUGGUCAGGAACGGCUAUGCAAUUUCUGUGGCACUUCAUGAUCACUGUGUCAAGAAUCCUGUCCAUCUCCGCAGUAGCCAGUGCGUUUCCAGUGUGGUCGGGUGUAGCAUGUGCUGUUCAUUGGCUGGUCAUGACUCUGUGGCUGUCCAUCUUCGAGAAGACACAGUUUAGCCUCAUUAAUGAGAAGGCAUCCACCAGUGAUCGGUUCCACGAGUUGGUGUUCUGUGCUACACUUGGUCUCGUGUAUAUCUUUACCUAUCUGACACCUUCUGAUGGCAGUACUCGUAACCGCUAUCUCAUCUACUAUCCAAUCUGCUUCGUAGAGAAUGCAGCAGCCAUCACUACCUGGGCCAUCACAGCUGACGACCGGCUCCAAUCUUCUUGGUACUUUGUACCAUUCCUCAUAAGUGGCAUAGUGCCAUUCCUGGUUGGUAUUGUGUUUAUGGUGCUGUAUUAUAAGUUCUUUCACCCCAAGACUAGCAGGAAGGUGGGUGUCUCGUCGUACACGGUCAAGGAACCCAUCACGGACUGUACUACGCAAACUGAUACUUGUAAGAACGAUGAGGUCUGUGGCAUAGUGCCAGUACUAUGAUUUGUAGGCUAUUAUCUUUACCUGUUGUAUAUCAAUUUCAUCGUUAUCGAAAUUUUUUUCAGAUCAUAAUUAGAAUUUUUUAACUGGGCGUUUACAAUAAUUUACAAAUUUUUAGAUGUGUGAGUAUAGUAGUUUUCUGGAUUAAGGCUAAUACUGUAUAUUGAAAUAUGAUUUUGAGAGGGAUACUACUUCUCUUAGAUUAUCAUCAUUUUAGAAGUAAAAUGGUCAAUAUUUACCUAAAUUUUAAAUAGAUCUACUGUUUAAUUUACUUUUGGUAAUUGAAGUAAAUUUUUAGAACAUGAUCUGUCUGAAAAUUAAAUACAAUAUUGUAUAAAGUAAUUAAUCUGUAAUUAGACAUAUUAUUCUGUAUAUAAUAUUGGUGUAGUAUCAUCCCCAAACUUACAAUAUAUUAAUAAAAAUAUAAAUUAAUAUUUACUUGCUAUUAAAUUAUAUUGCAUUAUAUUUUUAAAUUCUUGAAAUGUAAGGAAAAUCAAUUCUAGUCAGUUUCCCAAAAAGAAAUUUUAAAUUUCUUUUGUUAUUACAGUACUAGUUUUUAAUAUUUUAUCAUAUUUAAUGGCAGUUUAAUGAUUUGGUGGUUUUGUUUUAAUACACAAGUAGUUCAAGAAUCUGAUAAUUUACUCACACAUCUGACUUCGUCCACAUAUUGGCAACGUGCAUAUAGGCUUACAAUAUGUUGGUAACUUAUGUUUUAGGCAUUCAUGUAUAUAGAGUAAAUAAUCACCAAUAACGUAUACAAAUGUUACAGUACUGUAACUUAUUAAUAGUUUUCCUUAUUAAGGAAGUAUUAAACUAACUGUUAGAUGUGUAUUGAGAGCCAGUCUGGUUGUCAACUGCUAUUACUAUUUAUAUGUGAAAUAAACUUUCAAUAUUGAUAGAUGAAGAUAAAUUAGCAGUCUCUGUGCUGUUCUUGUGUUUAUCAAGAAAAGAGGUAAAUGCCAAUGUUGUUUUUCAUUUUUGUUUAAAUUUACAACUAACUAUUUAAAGUAACGUUUUAUCUUUUUAACUAUCAUAUUUUGAGAAAUGGAUGGGUAGGUAUAUUGAGGGUUAGCUUAGUGCUUUUUAAAACCGUUUAUUAGCUCAUAAGCUAAUAUUAAUUAUUUAGCUUGAUAAUAGACUGCAGUAUGCUUCAAAUACAUUUAAAAAAAGUGUCAGCAAGUAAAAAUUAAUGAGAAUAAAACAUUAAUAUUUUCUAAACACUACAGUCUUACACUGCUUAAAAUAACAAAUUUUUUUAUGUUAGCAGUUUUUUUUAAUAUGAGUUAAGCUUAAUGUGUUAUUAAAAUUUGUUUUGCUAACAUAAAACAAUAAAUGGUUAAAUUGUUACUGUUAAGUACAAAUUUAUUCUUCCUUAUUUGAGAUUCGUUGUUAUGUAGAGGUUAAAUUCUGAAAGCACAAUUUGAAAGCCUUACAUUUCUUUAUUGAGCUUAGAUAUUUUUGCUUUCAACAAGUAACAAAGAACAAAAAUAAAUGUUCUAAUAUUUUAACGUUUGUUAUAUAGAAUAUCCAUAGAACAGUGAACUUGUAGCAAAUCAGUAUAAUAGGUUACUUACCUAAAUCAUAAUUUUAUAACAUGAAAUUUUAUUGUAGUUUAAUACUUUAAAUGAGAUAGAUUAUGUGAGAUGUACAAAAAUCUAAUUUUCGGUAUGUUGAGGUCUUUGAAGGUUGUUUGGCAAGAAUCGAAAGUAUGAUGGUUUGUUCAUGUUCUCACUGCUCUUUUCUGGAGUGCAAAUACUUACAAAUUUCUGAUUGAGAUAUUUUCCUAUACUAUCAUACCAUAUCUUGAUCUAUUUCAUUCAAAUUGUUAAGAUAUAGGUGGUUGUUGCUGUACCUAAAUUGCAGGUAUUUGUUAUAAUUUAUAAGCCACCAUUGAGCUUCUUACUAGUUGGUCUAUGUGUGGCUCUUUGGAUUUUAAUUCUUAUGCUUUUAAUUUUUUAAUUCUUGACAAUUAAUCAUAUUACUUUUGUUACUUCUGUGAUGUGUAUCUGUAGUGCACAUUGCGUCGUCAACAGAUCAUUUUCAUAGAAUUAAACUUAUUUUAUUCUUCUUGAAAAACUAUUAACUUCUUAUGUAUAGAAUAAUGUAUCUGUAUUUUAUUAUUACUGUUGCCUCUUCUAUAUAAAAUCUCUUUAGUCUUUUUCACCUGACUUACUUUGGCAGUUAAAGUAAGAUCUAUAGUUUAUGUGUUUUGUCUUUUUUUCAGAACUGAAUAUCCAGAAUUGAACUUUUUGAAAUAUUUUAAUUGAUUUGUACUCAUUUGACAAUGCAGUGAUAAAAUUUAUAACAGAUUUUUUGUUCAUUAGGCACAUCAUUGCAUGUUUUAAGCAAGUCUAUUAUCAGAUUCAGAUGUGAUAGUCAUAUUUUAAUGUAUCCGUUAAUGGACUCUUACUAAUGGCAGGUAUUGUAGUAGAACUAUAAACAUCUUAGUUUUUAAAUUAUGAGGAUCUCCCAAUGCUAUAACCUUUAUCUAUACACUAUCGUCCAGUAACCUCAAACAAGCUUUCAUCUUCACUGUCUGGAAGUCUUUGUUUCUUCCUCAUAAUGUUAGAUGUUUUGGGGCUGGAUUGGCUAACGUCUGUAUUGACCACUUUAUUAAGUAAACUUGCCUUUACAGCUUGAACAUAAUCGUCAAUUUGACCCGGAGAUGUGACCUAUUAUGACACUAACUGAAUGCGUGAUCCUAUUUUAAAAUGUGGUCUAACAUAUGUUAGCUAAAAUAUAUGUCUUAGCACAGCAAGAAAUGAAUAUUGUGGUUGGUGUGAGCAAAAACAAAAAAAAUAGUAUUAAUAUUUUACUUCUAAUAAAUUGUCAUAAUUUAUUAAUCUGAUGGUUUCUAUUUUUGAUCCUUCUGUCUUAUUUUCAUUGUUAUUGAUUAUUGGAUUAACUCUUUUGUGACCAACUAAUAUGUAUAGUUAUUUUUAGUUUUACGUUAAAAAGGUGUGUUACUCAUUUAGUUAAAACAAGAUUUUGAUCCCAAACCUACUAAUAGUUUUUAAAUUGUUAAAUGUCUUUGAACAGAAGAAUGAUUCUAUUAAUUCUAUUCUUAAGCUGCUUGAAGUGUUGGCUUUGUUUAGAGUGUUUACAGUGAAAAUUCUUUUAGAAUUAAAAUCAUUUGCAUUUGAAAAAGAAUGAAGAAGGCAAAAAAUUCCUUCAUUGACAUUUUCCUUAUUGAUUUACAAUUAAUUAGUAAUUUUUGUCAUUAUCUUCAUAGUCUAGUUCAUCAAUUUUAUAUGCAAAUUAUUUAAAUGAAUUGCAGUCUCCUAAAACUAAGAUAUACUUAGAUAUAUGCAAAUGCAUUUGGUAGUAAUUUCUUUUAUUAUUUUCAAAAUUUAUUUAAAGCCAAAAAAAGUUUGGUGUUGGGAAAUGUUGUUUAUUUUGUACAAAUUACUCUAUAUUUAUUAUUUCCUAGUUUAUGAAAAGAAAAUGUAUGAAUUUGUAGUGUCUCUAUUAGUUUAGAAAAAUGUUUUCCAUCAACGAUUACAAUUUUUUUUAAAGUGGGUCAGUCUUUUUGGUAAGUUAAACCUGAAAACAUACAGUCAUAGAAAAGUUAAAUAUUUUCAUAACUUUGUAUUAAACGUUAUUGCCUAAUUCAAGCACAAUAAUAUAUACCAGUAUGUAGCUUUGGUCUAUUGGCAUUUACCUCUAGCCUUGAGAUAUAAAAGUGAAAAUAAAAUUCAUAAACAGUACAAAUUGUCAGGUGUACGUGUAAUAAGUUACGAAAUAAACUUAAAAUCUGGCUACUUGACUUAAAGACCAUCAACCAAAUAUUAAAGAGUGAAACAUAGUUUACUUGUGACUAUAAGUAACCAAAUACAUUUUUGUGAAAACAAAUGGUAGUAGAAUUUAAAAAAGUUCCCAUAGCUUAGUUAAUUAUGUAUAUCUCAACAACUUAUAGAAUUUACCAAAUGGGUUGUAUUAGACUAUGUCUGUUUGUAUAAAUAUUCUUGAUUAUUGUAGUUUUAUUUCUAUUGUUGUAAUUUAGUAGUUUUGAAAACUACCAAUGCAGACAUAUCAGUAAAUUAAUUACAAUUAGUAAUUUUAGUAAAUAUUUUUAUGUAAUAUUAAGCAUCUAUUAAUAUUUUAAUAACUGUAUUAUAUGAUUUGUUGUUAUCUAUUUAUGUUUACUGAAAGUAAUCACAUUAUUAUAGUUAAGUUCUUAGAACUAAUUCACAAUAAAUUAAGUUCUUUAGAACUAAUCAGUUGUUUAAUACAGGUGAAUUAUUUAUUGUUGCAUGAUCAUUUUGUACAUUGCUCAAUUUUUUGUCGAGAAGAUAAAUGUUCUAGUUUUGAUCAUAAUAUUGAAGUUGAUACUGUAUGAAUUAAUAAGUUCAAGUCCUUAGCAGCGUGUACGGUAUGAUAUAUUAGAUAAACUCUCUCAAGUACAAAGUUCGUCCUAUGCCGGCCAAGCUUGUAUUUAUUGAGAUGUGUUUUUUUACCACACCAUAUUUUGGUCUCAUCUCAUGUUACUUAAUUUUCUUGGUAAAAUUAAUAUUUAUUUAUUUAUUUUUAAGUUGCAUCUCGUGCUUCCCACAAGCGUUUAAAUCCUGAGUGUAGUUUUGCCUUAUAAAAUGAUGCAAGGCAAGAUGUUGCGUUUGACAUUCAGGACAUUAAUAGCUGUUGUUAGAUUGUUUGUGGACAGUACCAAAUUUGACCCUCCCUUUCUCACUUGGGGUUUUGAUAAGAUUUUCUACAUUUCACAUACUUAUAAAAUAUAUUACUUGAUGUUUUGUAAGAGAAUCUUUUUAAAAUAGUACCUAUAAAUUUGUUUUCCUGUGA